AUGAUCAAUGGCACAAAGCUUCUCAAUGUGGUUGGAAUGUCUCGAGGCAAACGUGAUGGGAUACUGAAAAACGAAAAAGGUCGCGUUGUCGUCAAGGUCGGCUCCAUGCAUCUCAAGGGCGUCUGGAUUACCUUUGCUCGCGCCAAAGCCUUAGCUGCUCAAUACAAGAUCAUCGAGUUGCUCUAUCCAUUGUUUGUGGAUGAUCCUAGUGUGUUUUUGUACAUGUCACCGCAGGCUGCGGAAACUCGUUCUCAAAUGUCACCUACUUCUGUGUCGGCAAAGUCGGCCAAAUUAGGGACGCCAGAACAGUCGGCGAGAAUGCCAUUAGGCUCACAUGAGGACCUCGGCUUGAUGACAGGAAUGGAAUACCGUAAUCAGCAGGCCACAAGUGAGCACCCUUAUCGAAACGAUCCGUCAUCGCCAUCGCCAGGGAUGACAGUAGGAGGUUUAGUUCGUCCCAACAACAGUCAAUAUCAGUACUCGCAGAUGCAAAGUGGCGCGCCUCCAGAUCAAUGCUAUCCGCAUACAUCGUACAGCCAGAACAAUUCUUAUUCAGUCGGCCUUCCUCCACUUGUCGACAAAUCUAGAAAGACCGAAGGGUAUAGUCAAGAGAAUAUAGACAAUGGACUGGAAAACGGAGAGUCAUCGGGACCGCUCUAUAUUGCAAAGAACUCUAAUCUCAGAAACAGUGGUUCAUAUAUUCCAUCCAUGACAGGGUCAUCCCCACCAAGCAAUAUAGGAACUAAGAAUGAGCAACAAGCUACCGGUUCGGCUGGCUACAGCCAAGCUUUACCUCCCAUGGGUUCUCAGCAAUCCGCAUUCUACCUGUUUUCAGCAGGAGGAAAUACAAAUAUGCCCAACAAAGAGAUGCAAGGUUAUGAAAACGGAGAUAUGAACACGACUACUAGAAGCUCAGGAUUUGUAGAUGUCCGGCGUCAAGAUGUGCUCUAG